GGAAAACAUUUCUUACUGGUGGUGAUUUAGCUUCUGUCCAAAAGCAUGAGAUCUGAUUAUCUGUAUUUCAGCUUGCACAACUACAACUGGUAUACUUGGUCAUCAAAUUCUCUUGCCCCUUUUAAAAGCUAGCUGUGCUGUUUAACUUUAUGAACUCUUGCAUUAGUGGAUGCCACAGGCAGGUUACAGCUUGUGUGAAGUGUUUUAUUUGCUUUUAAAUUGACAGCCAUGACCUGUCCCUAAGUGUAGGAAGAUUCUACAAUCUCAGGCUACUUCCUUCAAGCAAUGAUAUAUUAUUGUUUGAAUAAUCUGGUACUGUAGCACUAACUUUUCACUUGCUCACUUCAGCUGUAUGUAAUGUCUCCUGAAAUGCUUCUUGUUCCAGUGUCUGAACAUGGUUUGCAUUCCCUUAACUAACAGCAUGCUCUGAUUAAUAAAGACAUGCAGCACUGAUGAAGACAUAAGAUAACUGGAAUUGGCCAUUGCUCCCUAGUAAUAACCUCUGCUGAAUAAUGACUGGCUUUUCCUGAGCCAUCAAUUCACCAACCAGUCAAUAUCUGGCAUCACCCCUCGCUUGAAGAUGACUGUAUAAUCAUGGCUUAUUACUAGAUUCUAAAACAGAAUACACAAUUACUUUCACUGGUAGAGUUUGUGUGAUCCUCUUCUGAGGGGAAGAGAUUAAAAAAACACUGAAAAUAUUCUCAAAUACUCCAAAGAAACAGGAUUUCAAUUAUCUGCAGAAGCCACCCAAUGUGUCCACUAUACCCAGCUACCUAUUGUAACGUCCAUCCACAUGCCUAAACCAGCCAUCUUAUUUUCUAAGCAGCAUAAAAGGGGAGGAGUAAUGUGGAUAAAAUGGAUACUCAGAUAAUCAGUGGCCUUACAGCCAUUGUAUGGAAGGUGAAAGUUCCAUUCCAUUUAAAUGAAGCCAUCCUGCUGUCAUUAUAAAUCUAAAAGGUUCAGCUUUGUGGAAGGAUUUAAUGGUAACCCUUCAGCGGUAAUCGGAUUAGAGAGGCUCGUAUAACUGCAUGGUCUGAAGAACAGAUAAAAGAAACCAGAGUUCAAACUCACCACAGAGGACAGACAUUGAGCUGUGUGGUACAGAAUCAACUCGCUGUUCUGAGGCUUUGGUUUUGGCGAUCAUAUACCCCAGAAAUGCCUGCAAAUUUCAAUGGUUACUGGAAAAUGCUUAGCAAUGACAAUUUUGAGGAGUAUCUGAAAGCACUGGAUGUAAACAUUGCUGUGAGAAAAAUUGCCAACUUGCUAAAACCUGACAAAGAAAUCAUUCAGAAUGGAGAUCAUAUGAUCAUUAAAACGCUAAGCACUUUUAGAAACUACAUCAUGGAAUUUGAUGUAGGAAAAGAGUUUGAGGAGGAUUUAGCAGGGGUGGAUGAUCGCAAAUGCAUGGUAAGAAUUAGAACUGUUACUAUUGCAUGACAAAAAAGAUUAGAAAUAAUUAGUAAUAAUCCUAGGUCUUGCAGCGGGAUGCAGAGGCAAGACAUUUUCAUGUGGUUGUUCUUAGAAUUUUUGUAUUUGACAGCUUCAUUUAGACAGGGCUGCAAACUGUUUUUAGCUUGUCUUUACAAUAAAGAAAUGUUAAUGUUAAACUUGAAUGUGAAACUAUUUAUUUUAUUAAAGAACAGGCACUAGGUUUAAAUUGUCUCCAGUAUAAAGUAAUUGUAGAGUGAUAUUUGCUAUUCAAAAAGUCAUUUACAACCAAAUUCUGCCACUCUUAUAUUGAGUAAUGCUUCACCACAGAAGCAACCCUGUGGGGUAAUUUACUACUUAAUAUGAGCAAGGGUGACAGGACGGAGGCCCCUAAUGUUUAGGAACUGGUGCCUUUCCCCUCUCUCUCUCUCGCUCUCUCUCCCCUCCUUCCCCCACUUCUAUGGUGUUGAUAAGUUGCAUAGUCAAUUGCUUGACCACACUCUGGUUUGCUAUGAAAUAUAUUCAAGAGGCCAUAACCAAUGCCAGUCAGGUUUAUUGCUCUAGGCCAAUAAUAAUAUAGUACAGGGAAAAGGUUCUAUAUGGAUGAUACCAUUUUCCAGGAAGCUGUCUCAUGCAGCAUUGUUACAUUCACCUUGCACAGAAGGUGUGCUCCCGAAGUUACACCCCUAAAACCAUCUUUUUAUCCCCUACCUCUUUACCAGUAAAAGGUACUGUGUAUGUCAUCUGAAACUAGAUUUAACUGAGCAGCUUUCUACCUUAUUUUUCUGGUAGCAUGAUGUACCCCUUAUUUUUGUUCUGAACACACAUGUUUGAGGUACUAAAGAACAUGAAGACACCUCCUAGGUUUGUCCUAGGGUAGUUAGCUUGUGAGGGGAACUCCCAUUCUGUUGCUAUAAUACAAUAAUCACAUGUCCUGAUCCUGACAGCUUUCCUAUCUACUUAAGCCAUAGUUUACUUCAGCUAUGCAAAGUGUUAUGGAAUACUUAGCAUAAGUGAACAGGAAUAUAAUAAAGAUAUAGGCCAAUUUAGACUAUUUAACUGCUAUAUUUAUGCUUGGUAAUAUUUGUGCUUAAUAUAUAUGGUGUGGAUAAUACAUGUCAUCAAUAUAAUAUACAUGUAAGUAGCCAGCAUAUAUUGGUCAACAAUGGAGAGUUUCACUACACUACAGACAGCAGGCUUAACACAUCCAUUUAACAAGACAAAACCAGAGCAAAUCUUACAGUAGGUAAGUGGCUCCAAGAGCUCUCCCUUGUGAGCUUUUACAAAAUAUUGUCUCUGGCAAGAGGUAUCUCAUGACCAAUAAUACCAAUUAACAGAAAAGGCUCAAGAAUAUCAAGCUACUUAGCUGAGUCAGAGACUGGAUGUUAUCUCUCCCAUUAGUCCGAGGUCAUGACAUCUCUGCAAUCUCCCAAAGCGCAGGAAUUGCUGACGAGCUAAAGAAAAUUAUUUUACCAGCUGUUGUAACAGGGAAACA